AUGGCUCUUCUGUUCAAUUCACCAGAAAUCUCCACCGUAAAAAUCCUCUUUAACCCUAAUCCUAGAAAUCUCAAGAGCCUUAAUGUUCGUGUUAGGGCUAGAAAUGAUGUUAAAGAUUGUGAGGCUAGGGUUUCGGGAUUGAAUCAAAAUGGGAGGUUGUACGGUCAAUUUUCGGCUCCGGUGAAACAAGAAACGAAGAUCACUAAAGAGGAAGAGGAGAAGCAGAAUUACUAUGUGAAUAUGGGUUAUGCGAUUAGGACUUUGAGAGAGGAGUUUCGUGAGUUGUUUUAUAGAGAGCUCAGUUUUGAUAUCUACAGCUGUUGUGAUUGGAAGGGCAAGUGGGACCAAAAUGAUCAAAUUGCAGGAGUUUCAGUAGUAUCCUACUACGGGAAGCGGCUAGAUAGGACUAGAUUGCUUGGCCUUGUGAAAUAUAGAGCUCAUAUGUUUUGUAAUCUUGUUAAAUUUAGAGAUGCGAGUGCGCAAGCAGAAGGUGAUAUGGGAUGGGCUUUGUGGGUUGAUGUCGUUAGUGUGUCGCAACCUGCAGAGAAUGUGAUAAUGAUUCGAUGGACAGUCCAUGGCAUCCCACGAGUCCCAUGGGAGAGUUGCGCUCGAUUUGAUGGCCUAUCCGAGUACAAACUUGACAGCAAGGGGAAGAUUUUUCAGCAUCGGGUUGACAACAUUGCUCUUAAUUCACCUCCAAAGUUUCAUGUGUUGACUGUGGAGGAAUUAAUCCAGUCUAUCGGUUGCCACUCAACCCCAAAACCGACUUUUUUGAAGUUUCACCUUCCUUAA